AUGAAGUACUUCCUUUGGGCUGUCAUGCCUAUUGCGGCAGAGUGUGGGGAGGUAUUAUGGAGUGGCUUCUUUAAUUCUUCAUCCACAGUGAAAGAAUUCGACGAAUGGUCCUGGUCCAACCAAAUCGGUGAUUAUCAGUGGUAUAUUCACGGCAAUGGACAAACCAGCGAUUACCUUGGGCUGUCAGAAGGGUUCAAGAACCCAGCAGAUAAAAGUGACGAUCAAGGAAUCAGAAUCACAAUUGAUGGAACAUCAUCCUGGAAUGGGCAACCCAUGAUGCGCAGCGAGCUGAUCCCUCAAACAAAAGCCGACCUCGGGAGUGGCCAUUUGUUUUACCAUUUCUCGCUUUCGACGAACGAAACUAACGCCCCAAAUCCGAAAUUCGAACACCAGAUCGCAUUUUUCGAGAGCCAUUUCACGGAACUCAAAUACGGUUUAUUGAGCGGCGACUCGGCUACAAAAGACAACACGCUUCGCUGGUGCGUGAGCAGUGAAACGCACUGGUCAACUGAAUUGCAGGCCGACCACUGGUACAACUUCGCCUACGACAUUGACUUCGACGCGAAGACGGUCGGCCUGUGGGCCUCCAACGGGACCAACGCCCUCACGCAGGUCGUGAAGGGGGUUAGCGCUUCAACGUCCACAAACUCGGCGGACUUCCACAUUGGACAACUGCGACUUGACAACGGCGGUACUGACACGGCUGCGGAGGAUUGGUUCUGGUCUGGAAUCUUUGUGGAGAAGGCUCCGAUCACCACGAGCGUUGCGGGUCCGCUGGCGGGGUAG